AUGGCCGUCGAGAACAAGCACUUUGCGAGCGAAGCCGCCUUCCAGGCCGAGAUCGCCCAGGACAAGUACAAGGACCGCCUCAUCGUCAUCGACUUUACGGCCUCGUGGUGCCCGCCCUGCCAGUACAUCAAGCCGAUCUUCCACCGGUACGCCGACGAGACGCCGGACGCCACCUUCUUCCAGGUCGACGUCGACGAGAGCGACGAGCUUUCGGAGGCGCUCGGCGUGAGCGCGAUGCCCACCUUCCAGUUCUGGCGCAACGGCGUCAAGGUUGAAGCGCUCACGGGCGCCGACAAGGACAAGCUCAAGGCGCUCAUUGCGUCGCUCAAGUAA